AUGACCUCAGGAUAUAAGAGAGUGUUACCCAGAGCUUCUCUCAGACUUGACCAUUUCAACACUGGCUCUGUCCCUGACCUGGGUCCUCACACCAUUGAUAGGAUAGCUGGUGUUAACCAGUACUUACAGCAAAGAUGGACUAAUUACUUCGGAGAGUUAUCAGUCCCUCUGGGUGGUCGGGCAGGCUGGCCAGCACAAGUUAUCGGUGAGUCUACCUUGUUAGUGAAUGAGAAGACCUCACCUGCCUUUAUGAAGAGCAUUAACACCCCGUCUCCUGGGCCGCGCACGUCUCUUGUCCUUAACGGAGGAAUGUUGAAGUCUGAGAGUCACAAGGAUGACCUUAAUAUAACCCGCAAGCUUGAUGACCUCAGGGCGUGGCUAGACACAGCUGCUGUGAUGACUGACCAGUAGUGAUGACCUCAGGGCGUGGCUAGACACAGCCGCUGUGAUGACUGACCAGUAGUGAUGACCUCUGUGUGUGGCUAGACAGCUCCUGUGAUGACUGACCAGGAGUGAUGACCUCUGUGUGUGGCUAGACAGCUCCUGUGAUGACUGACCAGUAGUGAUGACCUCUGUGUGUGGCUAGACAGCUCCUGUGAUGACCGACCAGUAGUGAUGACCUCUGUGUGUGGCCGGUCAUCAAACAGAAGAUAUGUAAUACCUUACACUGUACUGCACAUGACACUCUUCAAUAUUCUUCUAAAGAUCUAAGAUUAGAAGUCUUCCAUAUUGCUGUGUUAAGUUAGUUAGUUUAAGUUAGGCUAGUACACGAUAUCAUAGUUAUUAUAUACAGAAUAUUUUUAUUUAACCAUUUAAUUCAAGCCGCCCCUUUCCAUUAAAUCAAAAUUUCAGGUAAAUCGAACUUUUCUUUAUUUUUGCUCAAUUUAGCGAAUUAGUUCACUAAAUCAAGCGAGAUUCUGUUCAAUUCCGCGCCAAACAUGCCACUCGGUGUAUGGGGUUUGUGUACAUCCACUCAGUCUGUGUCCUGGCACCACCGUGUGUGUUGCUCCCUCUUGGUCAACUGUACUUAGACAUCAUGCCAUAAGUCUCAGAAAGGAAGUGGUGUGUGGGAUAAAGUUAACAGAUGGCAGCUAGCAAUUGGAACAAAGUUGGCAAAUUAUAGAACAAAUUCAAACAAACACCGAACCCCAUAGUUUAAGGUAAGCCUUGAAUAAUGUUUGCAUGUACACAUCAUGUGUCUGAGGUGUCUCCGUACACAUCAUGUGUCUGAGGUGU